UUGAAGAGCCGAAAAAGAAAAUUAGCGCGAUCAUCAAGCUCAACAUCGGCGGAAUGGUAAGAAAUCUCGUAGCGCGGUGGCGCGUACUCCGACGUGUUCUCGACGACGGCCGACGGCUAGGUUCAUGUUAUCGAAAUUAUUCCGUUCUUAAUCGCUCUGAAACAAUUAUUGGAAGUAGGUCAUCGUCUUCGUUGCCAAAGUUGCCCUUCAGCUCCUCCUCUUCCAACGCGCCGGACUUUCAUUUCCCGACUCCGUCUUUCCAGCACCGUCGACCGAUAUGCUCAGCGUCAGAUCCUUCGAACAUUGUCUUGAUAACGUCUGAAGAUCAAUUCAACAAGGCACUUAGAAAAGCACGAGAUGAAGCUUUGCCUGCAAUUUUCUAUUUCACUGCUGCCUGGUGUGGUCCUUGCAGAUUGGUAUCUCCUGUGAUUAAAGAAUUGAGUAAGGACCACCCUCAAGUGACAACAUAUAAAAUUGACAUUGACCAGGAGGGCCUUGUAAGAACUUUGAACGAGUUAAAUAUUACCUCUGUGCCGACAUUUCAUUUCUUUCAGAGUGGAAAAAAGGCUGGGGAGAUAAUCGGUGCAGAUGUUGCAGGCAUCAAGAAUAUCGUGGAGAAGCUUUACAAAUGACCUCACGAAUUUUGCUGCUCUACCCAUUUUCAAGCAUGUUUUCAAUUUGACUCAGUUUCUGGAGCCACACCUACUCAUGUUAUGUAGUGUUCUGAAAUUUGAUAGCCAUCGGAAUGCGAUGACAAACAUCGUAUGGUUUUUUUUUUUUUUUUUUUUUUUUUAAGGUUGUCGGUUUAUUAUUUAAACUGUCGUUCCAUGUGAUGAUCAGAAUAAGAAUCUUUUUGCUGGAUGCAAUCCAUGAAAAACUGAUAUAGAAUUGUCAUCCUGAACUCAAAACUUUUUAAGUUUUAAUUCACAUUCCCACAAUUAUUUUUCUU